AUGAGACAACUGCUUCUCUCAUCGCGACCGCUUAUUCAGAGCCUCAGAAGCACCGGCCACGAUGCUUGUCGCGGCUCUGUUCUGGCUUUCGCCACUGCCUCGCGAUGUUCGUUGACGUCAACAAGGCCUCACCAGCGAUCUUAUGUCCAUCAUGCGCGCCUUCGUCCUCUUGUGAGAUGCAACAUGCCUGGACUUAAGCGCAAUGCCUGUGGAUGUGCUUGCGCAAGUGGAGGUGGCUGUGGGAGCAGCGGACCGCAAAAGAAGACGGCAUAUAUCGCUCUUGGAAGCAAUAUGGGAGACAGAGUUGCUGAGAUUGAGCGGGCAUGCAACGAGAUGGACCGCCGAGGAAUCAAAGUCAAGAGGACCAGUAGCCUCUGGGAAACAGAGCCCAUGUAUGUAACCGACCAGGAUCGUUUCGUCAAUGGCGCUUGUGAGGUCGAGACAGAACUUGACCCUAUAGCUCUUCUAGAUCAACUGCAAGCCAUUGAGAAUGACAUGGGACGAAAGAAGGUCAUCGACAAGGGCCCGCGUAACAUUGAUUUGGACAUUCUUCUGUACGGCGACGAAAAGGUUGACCACGAGCGGCUCAAGGUUCCCCAUAUUGGCAUAUUAGAGCGGGAGUUUGUUCUCAGACCCCUGGCCGAACUCAUUCCGGCAAAAUCAUUGGAUCCGGCGAAGCCGUGGAAGCUCAUUCAGGAUAAUCUAAAUGAGCUGCCCCUUGGCGAGCCAUUGUCUUCCAUGACACCGCUUUCUUCGACGGCGGGUUCUUUGACGCCUCUUGCUGCAAAGCGCAAGACCCAUGUCAUGGGCAUUCUCAACUUGACGCCGGAUUCGUUUUCAGAUGGUGGCUUUCACGAUCGAGAUAACCUCGCUCAGACGAUUGUGAAUAUGGUCAACAACGGAACUUCGAUUAUCGAUGUUGGCGGCCAGUCAACUGCCCCUGGCCGACCAGAAGUAUCAGCCGAGGAAGAGGCAUCUCGAGUUGUGCCUGCUGUUCAGCUGAUUCGAUCGCUUCCUGAAGCUCGUGAUGUGGCUAUCAGCAUUGACACGUAUCGCGCAUCCGUUGCUGAGGAAGCUAUUGCCAGUGGAGCAGAUAUCAUCAACGAUGUUUCGGCUGGUCUGCUGGACCCAGACAUGCUUUCCACCGUCGCCCGUCUGGAGAAAACGAUAUGUCUGAUGCAUAUGCGCGGCACACCGCAGACCAUGACAAAGUUGACCUCGUAUCCAGACGGACUCAUUCCCACAAUAGCAUCUGAGCUUCUCGAGCGCGUAGCAGCGGCCGAGGCAGCGGGUAUCCGGCGGUGGCGCAUGAUUCUGGACCCGGGUAUCGGCUUCGCCAAGACGGGAGAGCAGAACCUCGAGAUUCUUCGACGGCUGGAGGAGCUGCGAUACUGGCCGGGGCUUCAAGGUCUGCCGUGGCUUGUUGGCUCGAGCCGGAAGACUUUUGUCGGGAGGAUCACGGGAGUCACGGAGCCGAAGCAACGGACGUGGGGCACGGCGGCGACGGUGGCAGCGGCGGUUCAGGGCGGUGCGGAUAUAGUGAGGGUACACGACACACAAGAGAUGGGCAUGGUGGCCAAGAUGGCUGAUGCUAUCUGGAGGGUAUGA